GAAGACGAAGAUGACUACAUGUCCAUGGUCAUCGAGGAGCCGAAGAAGCCGGUGCGGGAAACGGCCUUGAUGAAGCGGGCGCGCGAGAAGCGCGAGGCUGAGGAUAGAAGCCGCGUCAAGUCGAAAAAGGAACGCGAAGCCGAGGCUGCCGCCGCGAGAGAAGCCGCUAUGGAGAAACCCCUCGAUACCACUGCCAGCAAAGGCUUUAAGAUGAUGGCAAAAUUCGGCUUCAAAGAGGGCGGUACGCUUGGUAAAAGCGGCGAAGGACGUACAGAACCUAUCCGCGCCACCAUGAAACACGACAAGGGCGGCAUUGGCGUUGAUACGGAAAAGAAGCGCAAGAUAGCCGAAGCAGCCGAGAGCGAGGCAAAGAGAAUCAAGGAGGACACGGGCGACUUUAGGGAGAGGAUGAGGGAGGAACGCGAAGCAAAGCGGUUGGAGGGCCAAAUGAUUGGCGCACAAAAGAUUGCAGAGCGCUUAGAUGCUGGCCCCGAACACCAAGAUCGCGGCGACUCCAAGGACGCCUUGCCUGCAACCGAUCCAAUGAAUACCAAACCUCUGUCGAGUAUCAACGUGCUCUACCGGGGCCUCAUCCGCCACCGGAGGGAGAAGGAGCGCGAAAGCAGAAUGCGUUACGACAUGGAGCAAGGCCUCUCCAGGCUACCGACUUAUGAAGACUCUAGCGAAGACGAAGAUGACAAGCGGGCUUUAGGGAAGGAAGAGAAGAUCAAGAUCGUGGAGGAGGAGCUUGAGGAAGAGGACCCUGAACUGGACGAGUUUAAUGCGCUCGAACCUAGCGAACGAGUGGCGAAGCUAGUGCAGUACCUGCGCGACGUGCACAACUAUUGCUUCUACUGCAAGUUCCAAUAUCCCGAUGCCCAGAUGGAAGGUUGCCCCGGCAUCACCGAAGAGGAUCACGACUAG